AUGCCCAGGGGCGCGGGGGAGGGCGGCGGACCUGCCAGGUCGCCAGGCCGGCGUGGGCGAGGCCAGCACGGGCCGGCCGGUGAGCGAGCGGCGGCGCGCACGGCCCCGUGGGGGCGGGCGCGCAUGGGCCCGCGGCAGGGCUGCAGCAGGGGGUGCUCGAGGCGCGGUGCAGAGCGGGUGCGGCGGGCAGGAGCCAGUGGUGCGGGGCGCACGGCCAGCGAGCAAGGCUUGGAGUCUGGGGCGCGGCCGACGCGCGCGGGCGAGGCCAGGGGCGGCUCAGUGAGCGCGAGGAUGGUCGCGUGCGCGGUCAGUGGUGGAGGCAGAAGGAAAGGCGGGCAGCGGCGCGUACGCGGGCGGCUACGGUCGAAGGUAGAGGCCGCGGCGGAAUGUGAGCUCGGGAGCGGCACGACGACGUGCAACAAAGAGGGGGAGAAGAGGAGAGGGAGGCCGUGGCCUCACCGGCGUUGCAGAGACGAGGGUCGGCGAGGCUCGAUGGAGCCUUUGGGGAGGAGGACGGGGACGACGGCGACGUAG